CCCAGCCAGCAAGGGUACGUCAUAUUGACGUCCUUAUAUGGUGAUAAUUCGUCAAUACUCGUCACCUGACCAAAAACUGACGACAUAUUGACGUGUGAUAAAUGCCGUUCAAAUGACGUGCUUUUUAUCACGUAAUAUUGACGCGUUUUUCUGGUGAUAAAUGUAAUACACAUUGACGUCAAUAUAUAUCAUGUAAUAUUCACGUAUUUUGCUUGUGGUUCAGUAAACCUGGUUUUUUGAAUUAGUUUUUUUUUUUUCAAUGUGUUUUGAAUGUAUUCCUAGAAUUCCUAGGGUUGUGCCGUGUAUACUGUAUUCUAUAGUGAAUAGGAGACAAAGUGAUGAUACAAAUCAUUAUUUUUUUUCGCAUUUGUAACUACUCACGAAAAUUUUGAUCGAAUCGAAUGCGAAUAAUACCCCUACCCUCGCAUUUUUUCGACAUCCUGUUUUUUAAUUUUUACUACAGCAAAACUUUAAUGCGUUUGAAAACACAUCUUUGAAUAAAAAUUAAAUGGAAAACUCCCAUAGUUCAUACUCAUAGUUCCAUCUCUGACUUUCAAAUAGUAUAGAAAUAAACGGUAGAAACUGUGGAAAGGCCAGAAAGGGGACGUAUUUGGUUUGUUUUUGUGUUUGGUCAACGGUUUGGUGAAUGCGGAAAUUACUGUAUUCCUUUUAUACAUCGAGUGACACCGAACAAACACCGAACGAAAAACGUUCAAGCUUCUGACUUUGAGCAGCUCCGAGUAACUCAACGGGAAAAAGGAAAAGAGUAAAUACAAAUACACUCACUCCUGUAUUUUUUUUGUUUCGAAAUUCUAGCAUUAGUUUAGUAUUAGUAAGGGACAACAAUAAAUAUUGCAUCGCCGCGUGGGGAAACGAAUAUGCUAUUCAGCGAAUUCUAUUGGUAGAACCAGUGCAGAAAAAUGUUUUUUUAUCUCUUUCUUAUAGAAGUCGGUAGAAAAGACACGAACACACUCAGUGCGCACUAACCCUUCCAAUUCGCUACUGUGUGUGUGACUGUUGACGUUGAUUGUUGUGAGGGAGUUUGUUGAGGUUAUGUUGUGGUUGUAGCAUGGCGUGGUCGUGUUUCAUUUGGUUUUCUCUCGCUUUUUGCUUUCUCAUUUCCCUCCAAGUUUCCCUCAUUUCUUUUUUACGCAAGUAUCGCGUGGAAUUAUUAAUUCUUGAUAUAUUUUUCGGUUUUAAUUUCUCUUCAGAAUCAUCCUGCUGCAUCCAAGUGAAACGCCUCUAUAUGAAUGUGAGUUUUAUUCACGUGUUUGUGUUGAGACUAAUAACAAUCACCAACCGUAAGUAUAUGUCUUUUGUUUUAAUAUACCUUAUUUUAUAUUAUAAUAUACAUUAUUAUUAUUGCUUUUUCACCUAAGGGCCAACUUAUGGACCAACAGGUAAGUGUCUGGUUGUUACCUCACCUAGCAAGUACUACAAGUAAUAUGUUUAAUACGCCUACAGAAUAUUUAUAUUGUCUUUUUUUAAAUAUAUUUUUCUCAAAAGUGAUAUAGUGUUGGUUCAUUUUCGUUACAGGUCAUAUAAAUUUGAAAAAACAAGGAUUUAUAGAAAAUAUAUCAGGUAAAUAUGACGUCAUUUAUAAAAUAGAUAUCACGCGAAUGGAACGUUAUUAAUACGCCAAUAUCACGUUAAAUAACUCAUAAACUUGACGUCAAAUAACACGUAAAAAUGACGUACCAACUAUGACGUCAUUCGUCCCAGACAUUAGGAAGUCAUUUUCACGUCAUAAUUAAGUCAUUUAGCUCGUCAUUUCUCGUCACUUGAUGACCAGUAUUUAACGUCAUUUUCACGUGCUGUUGUUACUUGGGUUUGCUCUAAUUAUUUUUUUUGAACGUCCUUUUGAAAGUAGUGCCCUCUAUCAACAGCUUAUGAUAACUUCCUAUGUACCUACAUAAACUUGUAUUUUUUUUUAUUUGACGUAUGAAAUUGAAAUUGAACCAAUAAAAACAUGACAAUAUCCUUGCGUCAUGACGUCAUUUUCAUUAUUAACCUAGGUAUUUUUUCAUUAUUAACCUAGGGAGAGAAAUUCAAUUUUUUCCCAGAAAAAUUGAUGGAAUAAUGACUACUUCUCAGGUUAGUAGUAAAAAAAAAUAUUUGUUUACUAGGUACGUAAACUAUUAAAGGGGGUGUGCGCCAAAAAUUAAAGUUUUAGUGUAAAAAAAUCUAAGAAUAACUGUUCAAACCUCGUUAUUCUACGAUAAACCAUCGCUGAGAUAUACCGCUUUAAAGGGUGGACGACGCUCUCGUGACGUCACGAAAACUUCGUCCAGCGGCGCUCUGCAUUGUUAAUUUGAUUGUUCCCGGCACGCGUGAGUAGUUUUUGUUUAGAUUAUUGCAGGUAACACAGGAAAAACAUUAUGUAAAUUUAAUUAAAUCCACUUUCUCGUGCGUCGCUUGAGCUUUCGUGACGUCAUAGGGUGAGAUGCGGUACCUUCAUAGAGCCAUAUCUGCGGUAUUAUUUGUCAUAGAGGGGUGCGGAUUUCACUGUUAUUCUUAGAUUUUUUUUCUCUUUUUUUUGAGAUGAAGUUGUUUUUUUGGCGCACACCCCCUUUAACUCGGGCAGAAACUAGAUAUUUUUUUUGUGUUUUUUGGUCCAUGUGUAGCCGCCACGCCUUCUUGAAUGUUAUGUGGUUUGGAUUGCCUUAAAAAGUUUGGUAGGUAUGAGGCUUUGAAUAUAAAACUACAGGAAGGAGCGUUUUCUAUCUGUCACUACAGACAACGCAGGGACGGAAACGGCCAUUUUGAGCUUCCAAGUUUGGACUCAUCAUUUGUUUUGGUGGUUCGCUGUGUCCUCAUUCAAGUGGAUGUUUAAUGGAUUUUAGCCGUUUUAAGUGAUAAUAAGUAUUGGAAUUAGUGAGAAAAGAGUAUGAGGUUAUGUUUGUUAAAAUUGAUAAAAAUUAAAAACAUUAGGAAAAUAGUUGUUUUCUAAAAUAUAAUCGAGAAAAUAGUGAUUUAUUGUGUUUUUACUUUUUUACUCUCUGUUUGCAUUUUACCAUAAAAACAAUUAUUGUGAAAACUUUGUACGAACUGGAACUGGUAAAAAAUGAGUAACCGCCCUUGUAUGUAUUUGGAGUGCUUGAAUAAUAGGAAUACACAACCUCUCUUGAGUUAUUAUACUUUUCCUGUGAAAGACGAAAAACGAUGUAAAACUUGGAUUUUAAACAGUGGAAACCCCAAGUUGUUGAACAUGAGCGAAACAGAACUAAAACAGAGAGUUAUCUGUGAAAAGCAUUUUUUGGUAUCAAGUUUGAGAAAAAUCGACGCAUUCAAAAGGACCUUGAAUAAUUCUGCAGUGCCAGUAAAAUAUCAAGGCUUGUAUAAAGAUAAAACUCCAUCAACCAGUACAUCAGCCCCAGAAUUAAGAGAACCCGAAAUCAAAAUUGAAGAGACUAUCAAUGCUUCUUUGGUGGAUCCAUUAUUAUUGACAUAUUCUAAAAAAGAAAAAUCCUCAGCAGAACCGCAGCAACUCCCUAAAAAAGCGGUAAUAAAAGAAUUCAGAAGGAUCUCUCCUGUAUGGCUCAACAACCUAAAAACGACAAAAUUCAAAGUUUAUAAAUCUAAAAUCACAGAAUCAUCGAACAAAGAGGCAGAUUCUUCACUUCAACCAAAGUUAAAAUUGCCAGUAGUUCACAUUCCAGAUUGUUCAAAGACCAAUGUUCAAAUUUCCAAAAAGAUAAAUGCUGCUCCAACAAUAAAGGUAGUUUCUGCUCCUGCUGGAGCUGAGUCAAUGUUUAAAUAUAAAUUUCAGUCAAAUCCUACCCUAAAGCUAGUUUCUAUACAGAAGCCCCAAGUUUCCACUAAGAUAAAGACUGAAACUGUUGAUUUAACUAUGGAAGAUGUUAACAGGGAUUCUACAACUAAUAAUUCCAAUGGAAAUGAUGAUAGAACAGUUGCGAUACCCGAGCCUCAAAUUCCCAACGAGGUAAAGACUGAAAUUAUUGAUUUUACUUUGGAAGAUGAUCCCAGGGAGUCUACAACUGAUAAUUCCAAUGGAAAUAACAGUACAACAGAUUUCAUUUGCAAAAUUUGUUCGAACAAUAAAAGUGGGUUCUUCUUUGCUGUACCAACCUGUAGUAAAGCACUAUACAUUUGGCGGCUUUGCAUUAGAGAUAAAUCAUUGAAGUCCUCUGAUGUAGUUUGUGAGUCUCACUUCAUCAAGGAAGAUUAUUUGGAAUUUCCGCCUGAUUUUUACAGUCUUGGAAAACUGAAACCUCACGUAGUUCCCACAUCUCUAGGAAAUAUAAGGUUUGGUUGUGGCAUACAUAGUUGCAUUAACAGAUACAAAAAUACUUCAAGUAUGUAUGCAGUGCCUGUGUGGACUGAUUAUAGAUUUUGGACGAAACUAAUACCAGACCUGGCCAAUAUUGACUUGGAUGAGAUACUUCAGUAUAGGGUCUGUACUAGACAUUUCGAUUCGGUUACUGAAGAAAAUAUGUUCAACCUGAAGCCAACUCAUAACCUUUCAAUUGAACAUGAACUAGAGCAGUACUUGGAGAAAAGACGUGAGCUACAAACAUUAUUAGGAAACCAAAAUGACGGUGCUUGCGCUUUUACGAUGUGCAACCGUAAGCUUGGUAGUGAAAAUUAUAAAUUUCCUGAGGAUGAUGAUGAGGCAUACGAUUGGCUAAAACUAUGUAAAAGAACCGAUAUACUAACAAAAAAUAGGCAAGAAAUAAAAAAGGAUCUAAAAUCGCAGAGGUUGUGUUCUAAGCACUAUAACCAAAUUAAAUCAGAAGCGUCGGAGACUUUCAAGGAUGAGAGUGAAUUAGUGAAAAUAGAAUUUUCUGAUGACCAAAUUUGGGACUCUGAAGAAAAGCAGCAGGACGAUUUAGUUCUAGAGGUAAAAACGUAUGUACCAAUGAGAGUGUACUGCGCAGUCAUAAACUGUUCAUCCUACAUAAAAACUGCAGAAAAAAGAUACAGGUUUCCGUUGAACCAACAACUAUUGAGAAAAUGGCAGAAAGCUUGCGGUAUCGCCGAUUACAUCAAUCUGAUCGAUUUUCCCAACAAUUUUGUGUGUGGUAAACACUUCAAAAAAUUUCAAUACAACAAACAGGGUAUUUUGAAAAGAGGCAGUGUACCUGAGUCCUAUAAAAAUUACAUUGACCCACUAGCUAAUUCUAGUAAUUUUCAUUGGACAAGAAAAUCCGUGUUGACUAAGAGAAAGUAUAUACCCAAGGAAAAAAAUUCGCAACCUUCCAUAUCUAUAGAUUCUAAUAAUGAUGGCCCAUCUAUAGAUUUUAAUAUCGAUAGUCUAUCUACAGAUUUUGAUAAUGAUGGUCCAUCAACAGGAAAGAAAAGAAAAGUGGAAACAACUAAUCCUCUUCAAGGCCAAUUAUUAUUGAGUGAAAAAUGUUGCGUGAAACAUUGCAAAUCCGAUGAAAGAACUGUCCUUUUUGGGUUUUCUAAUUUGAUCAAGCCUAUAAGGCAGCUAUGGAUCAAAGGCCUCGAAAACACAGCUCAAAUAACUGCUGAAAAAUUAAAUCAGUAUUCGGACAAGUUUUUAUGUUUGAAUCAUUUUGAAGAAAAAUAUCGAGUAAACGAUACUCAACUGAUUUAUACUGCUAUUCCUACUUUAGGUCUUAUAGAUGAUAGUUUAAUUAAAUUGGAGCCAGAUACUUCUGUCGAAUGGAUAAAAUCAGAAAUGGAUUGGGAAACAGAUGAAUGCCUUUCAAAUGAUUCAGUGAGAUCUGAAGCCAUAUUACAUGAGAAUAGUAUAAAAUUUCCCAGAAUGAAACGAGCAUUAAAGUUUGGUGAAGAAAUUACAGGAAGGGCGACAAAUGCAGUUAAUAAUAAACUACCGGACAAGUCCAGGAAAGUUUACCAAAAAAUAUAUGGACAAUUUAUGGACUGGAGAAACACCAACAACAUAUCAUCCUUCUCAGAAAAUGAUUUGACAGUGUAUUUUGGAGAAUUACAACAAAAAAUGAAACCUUCAACUGUAUGGACGCAUUACUCAAUUAUAAAAUCUCUAUUAAAUAUUAACCAUAAUGUUGACAUAUCUAAAUAUCAUAAGUUGUAUGCUAUGUUAAUGCGUAAAUCUGUAGGAUUCAUUAGCAAACAAUCAAAAACCUUCUCACCUGAUGAAAUUAGGAGGUUUUUGGAUGAAGCACCAGAUAAGCAGUUUCUGUUUUCAAAAGUAGCAAUGAUAUUCGGAAUUAUGGGGGCAUGCCGUAGACAUGAACUCCACGAUUUGAAACUCGAAAAUGUUCAGGACAAAAAGGAAAUAUUAAUUGUCAAUAUAGUCGAGAGUAAAACAAAAAUACGAAGAACAUUUACAAUUGCCGGCAAAUUAUACGAAACUUGUAAAAAAUAUAUGAAUCUUCGACCGGCUAAUUGUCGUACUCCAUAUUUUUUUUUAAACUAUAUGAAUGGAAAAUGUACUGUGCAAAACAUUGGUCUAAAUAAAUUUGGAAACUUGUGCAAGCAAAUUGCAACCUAUUUAAAACUCCCGGAUGCAAAUUUAUACACAGGACACUGUUUUCGUAGAACUUCUGCAACCAUAUUAGUGGAUGGCAGUGGUGAUAUUACCACCUUAAAUCAAAGAGACAUGGUGGAUGGAAAUCCACAACGGUGGCCGAGAGCUAUAUUGAGAACCGUGUGCAAAGUAGAAUAAAUAUUUGAAAUGAAAUUUCGUAUUGAAAAUAGGAGUGACGAAAUCAACAAUUGCAUGCCCUCAAAUUCGAUAACCAUUCACAUAGGAACAACCCCUCAAAUAUAUUUUACAAAUUGGACUGUAAAUAAUUUUGUAUAUAAACCAGAAAAAUAUGUAUAUGUAUAUGUAAAGAUGUAUUUCGUUAAUUAAUUGGAGUAGAAAAAAUAGUUUAUGCAACCCUCAUUUAAUGGCCGCCUGCGGCUCGUUCUGUAUUUUUAUACAAAAUGUUCAGUUGUGUAUGUGUGCUCUUCAAGCCACUUUCAUAGAGUUAUUGGAAAUGUUAUAUAGUUUGUCUAAUAAAGAUGCAAUGUAAAUUUUUAUGAGUGAAACAAGUCAUAUUCAAACCAUUUGUCGCCCUGUCCCUUACCGUAUCAUCAAUAUACAUAAUUGAUAAUUAGCUUUAGGCUUGUGUCAAUGUAGACAUAAAAAUUCAUUGUAUUUCUCUAGAUUGUCCGAAAAAGGGUGUAAAUAAGUUUCCGUACAAUGUGUACAGGAUGAAUGAACAGUUUAAGCUGCACCAAGAAGAUACAAAACAUGGACAUGCACUUCAAAUGCACACUGCCAUCAUAAUCGACGAUGAUGACGAGAGCGAGAAAAAGGCUUUGGAAAUGAUGUGCAGGGCUCUUCGGACGAAUCAGCAAUUGCAAUGUAAAAGGAAGGUUCUUAACAAUGUUUGAAAUAUUACCCAUAAAAUAUUUAAUUAAUGUUUUGCUCGAAUCUUCAACUACUGUAAUAAUCCUUGAAAUAGACAUUGGGUGGAAGGUGGAAUAAUUUACAACAUGCUUUUGAAGUUUAUACUACACUAACGAAGGAUUUACUACUCUCAGUAGCAUAGGCUAAACUAGAGAGUAGUAAAUGCGUCGUUGGUGUAGUAUAAACUUGAAGCAUGUUUUAUGUUUAUCCAUACAUUUUUAUCCCCCCUUCUAUCAGUCAAAUGUUCUAGUGUUUUGGGUAUAUACAUACGUAUAAUCCUGCGAACAUUUCAAAUUCACUGUAUUUAAUUAGUUAUUGUCUAUGUCUUUUUCUUUAUUUUAUUUCUUGCCGUUCAUGUUUGAAGUUGUUUCCUGUUUUGUCUAAUUUAGCCUUUAUAAUAAACUCUUUGAUUCAAGGUAUGUUUUAUUUAUAUUGUUCGUCUCUAUUCUAUUAUUUUCUCGAUUAUUUCAUUUUUAUUAUAAAACGCACACAAGGAUAAUUUUCUGUUCUUCAGUAUCGUGUAAUUUAUACUGUGUUAUUGUAUAUCUUAGCAUCAAGAACUUCUUGUUCUCCAACCAAACUUAUCUCCUUAUUGUCUUGGAAAAUGAUGAUAUCCUGUAGAUCUGAAUAUUUUCAAUUUAAUAUUUCUACUGGAGUGAAAUCAUAGUUUUUGCAUUGUCUGCAAGGCUUCUGCUGUAAUUCUUCUUAGGUGUAUAAGAUGUUAUACAAAGUAAGUAAAUGUAAAACAAGAAUAAAUGUCAAAUAACAGAAUUAAAAUUAUGAAUUCAUAACGCAUGUUUUUUUCAUAUAUUUCAGUUUACAAUCGCAC